AUGUCAACCAAAAAAUAUUUUAUUUUUCUUUUUGUAUUAAUUAUUGGAAUUGUUGACGGAAAAAAAAAGAAAACAACACCAAAAGCUCCUCUUGUUAAAUCAAAUAUUGAUAAUAACACCAAUAAUAAUGAUAACACAGGCCUAACACCUUUUUGUAACUGUGCCAGUGUAACUCCAAAUUUUGGAAGUGAUACAGAUAUACCUCAAAAUCCGUGUGUUCCAACACUUGCUUACGACCAAAAAAGUAUUUGGAUAACUUGGAAUAGACCCGACAAUACUGACAAAGAAUUACUUGAUUAUAAUGUUUAUAUGAAUGGAAAUAAAAUUGGUUCUUCUUCAGAAAAUGCUAAUAAUUAUGCAAUUUCAGCCCCAUAUAUAAAUAAUUUCCAUAAUGUUGACAAAAAUAAAUUUCAUGUUCUAACAUUGUUUAACUCUUUUUAUGUAGACAAUUUAGAAGCAAAUACUCUCUAUAAAUUUACAAUUCGUGCAGUAUAUUCUGAUGGAGAAUCUGAAGAUAGUGUUACUCUUACUGCAAAAACUGCUCAAAAUUAUGCAAAAAUAAUUGAUAUUACUGAAAAAGGUGCUAAUGGAGACGGAAAAACAAUAAAUACUGAUGCUAUUCAAGGAGCUAUAAAUAAUUGUGGGCAAACCUCUUCGGCUUUCGACUGUAAAGUUUUGGUCCCAGAGGGUACUUUCAUUUCUGGGGCUUUAUUUAUACAAACGCCAUUAACGUUGGAAUUGGCUGAAGGGGCUAUUUUACAAGGAUCGGGUGAAAGUAGCGAUUUUCCUAAAAAUAAAGGAAGAUCUGGCAAACCUCCAUCACUUCUUAAUGUUAUAGACAAACCAGUAACAAAUCUUCGAAUUACCGGAAAGGGUUCAUUUAAUGGUAAUGGCUGGGAAACUGACCAAGUUUUGGAAGAUGAAGUUGGAAAUGAAAUGCCUAUAUAUUCUAAAGGAGAUUCAAAUGAUUAUAGCAAAGGAAUUCUUGCAAGAAGCCAAUUAUCUGGAGGAGUUCCUUCCAAAGUUCUCGUUCUUCUUUGGCUUCUUUUUGUCGUCACUAGAUACAUUAGGAUAUCCCACCACCGAUUGGGAUUCGUUUUAAAAAAAAUCUUAAAGGCUAUAAUUAACAACCGAGUAUUAACAUAUGCCGUAACUAAUGGAGAUGGAAUUGAUCUUGGCGGUUGUUCCAAUGUCCAAAUACUUAAUAAUUUAAUGGAUACUGGAGAUGAUGCGUUUGCUUUAUCUGCCGGUGCUGGUCGUACUGGCGAAAAUGGAAACCCAACAGAAUGUAUACUCAUAAGAAACAAUUAUAUUAGACACAGUCAUGGAGCACCGUCAGCUGGAAGUCAUACAGCUGCUUGGAUAAAAAAUUUACUUGUUGAGUACAAUGUAAUAGUCUCGGCAUCAAAUGGUAUUCGCUGUAAAAGUAGCCCGCCAAUGGGUGGAGGUGUAAUGAAUGCUGUAUUCAGAAAUAUUGCAAUGUUAAAUGUUGGAAGUAAAAAUACAGCAAAUUUAGGAAAUAUUCAAUUAGAUGGAAUAACAGAAGAAGGAUGUGCUAUAGUUUUAACAUUAAAUUAUUUGGAUGAAACAAGUGAUUUAAGAUUCCAAAAAGCAGUAAAUUCAGCAAAUUUUGAAGAAAUUGAAUUUAGUGAAAUAACUAUAGAUAAUGUUAAUAAAGGAAAUUCUGGACCUUCUAUUUUAAUGGAGGGAUAUGAUAAAAGCCAAACUAAUUACCCAAAAACUUAUUUAAAAAAUAUUGUAAGUUUAUUUUAA